UGCUUCUCGUUUCCUGCUCAGUUCUCUCGGCGUUCUUGAAGACAUUCCAGCAGCUGCGUAUCUUGUAGUCCUGCUCUUUUAUUCCUACAACUCUCGGGGAAGACAAGUGAUGUCAACAGCUGCCUUAAUUAAUUUGGUUAGAAACGGAGGAUAUCAAGCGAGGAGGAGAGCCCUGCUGACAUCCCUCCUCUUGCAAGACGAGAAGCGUCCGCCGGCGGCGGGCUACGGCUCCACGUCCGAGCGGCGCGCGUCCCGCUUCGAUGCGGACGGCAGCGGGCGCCCCGCCACGUGGGACACCUUUGGCAUCUGGGACAACCGCAUUGACGAGCCCAUUCUCCUGCCGCCCAGCAUCAAGUACGGGAAGCCCAUCCCCAAGGUGAGCCUGAGCAACGUGGGCUCCGCCAGCCACAUCGGGAAGCGCAAGGAAAACGAAGACCGCUUCGAAUACGCUCAGCUCACGGACGACAUCCUGUACUUUGCAGUGUAUGACGGACACGGUGGCGCAGCGGCAGCUGACUUCUGUGAUAARUAUAUGGAAAAAUACAUUAAAGAAUUUCUUACUCAGGAGGAAAACUUGGAAAGUGUUUUGAACAAAGCUUUUCUAGAAAUAAACAAGGCAUAUGAAAGCCACGCUCAUCUGUCUGCUGACGCGACUGUGAUGAAUGCUGGGACCACUGCAACAGUGGCUCUGCUCCGGGAUGGGAUUGAGCUGGUGGUGGCAAGUGUGGGAGACAGCCGGGCACUGCUGUGUCGAAAGGGAAAAGCCAUGAAACUCACCAUUGACCAUACUCCAGAAAGGAAGGAGGAGAAGGAAAGGAUUAGGAAGUGCGGUGGCUUCGUUGCCUGGAACAGCUUGGGACAACCCCAUGUGAAUGGUAGACUAGCAAUGACACGGAGCAUAGGAGAUUUGGAUCUUAAAAACAGUGGUGUGAUAGCCCAGCCAGAAACAAAACGGGUUCAGUUGCACCACGCAGACGACAGCUUCCUGGUCCUUACCACGGACGGCAUUAACUUCAUGGUGAACAGCCAGGAGAUCUGUGACUUCAUUAACCAGUGCCACGACCCUGCCGAGGCAGCCCACGUGGUGACGGAGCAGGCAAUCCAGUAUGGCACCGAGGACAACAGCACCAUUGUCAUAGUGCCCUUUGGAGCGUGGGGUAAAUACAAAAGUGGCGAGAUCAACUUCUCCUUCAGCCGCAGCUUCGCCUCCAGCGGGAGAUGGGCAUGAGGACACGACCGUCUUGUCCUACUCUGGACACGGAGUGCUGCAGCAGAACACAUCCGUCUGCUCAUAGGUUCACUCACUGUCUUGUCCAUCUCUUCUCAGUGUUAUAGAAGAUGCUGCUGCUCCCAUCAUGGGCAACGCCUUGUAGUUGCUUAUGGCUGACCGUGUUUCACCACUUAUUUAUUCGAAUCAGCGUUGAGGCAGCUAUUAUGUCUUCGUAGUUCUGGUCCUAGCAGCUCUUCACACCACUUUGUUCAUGUAGACAAGCUUCCGGGCUUUCACUCUAGGCUGGAGGUUUUGCACAGUAGUUUCAUGGCAACAUAUCUUACCUAGGACCCUUAAUUAUUUAGCAGCUGUGAAAGUCUGAGACUCUGAGCCAUCCGCCAGUUUCUUUGUACAGUAACAGAGGGGAACAAACGCACAGUUUUCGUAGCAAGACAGAAGGCAGAUUAGUUGUCUUCCUCUGCUACACAGCCACCCAAAAUUCCUCUGUGCUUCAGGAGAAGCAGGUGAAAAGUAAGGGGGAAGUUUAAGGACGUCGUCAGCCUGGGCUUCAAUCCUGAGGCCGAUGGCCCUGGGUGCAGCUGACAUUUUUCCUAAGAAAGUGUCGCUUUGCAGGGCUUUUGCUUCUGGGAGUUGGGGUCCUCUGGCUCCCAGGGCAUGGAGUGCACUGCGGAAAGGGAAUAUCUCCCUUGGAUCUGAAGCCUAUGCAGUCUCUGUGGACCACGUAGCAGCCCCCUUUCUCUGUUCUCUUUGGUGUGCUAGUGCUUGAUACAAGCACAUAGGAGGGAAACUGCACAUUUUUGAAAUCCAGAGACUCCAUCAGCCUGAUUUUCUUUUUUGUUUCUUUUUUUUUUAAGCUAAUUUGAAGGAAUUUUCACCUCAAGAUUCUUUGGAUGUUUUUCUUCAUAAGUAAAACACCCUGCCCUCCACGGAAAGUUUUUAGUUUGUUGUGACCCCCUGUGUAUCCUCACGGUGUACAGGGAGCUGUAAAAUGCACGGAGCAAAUAAGCUAGGGAAAGGAGAGGAUUCUGGCAGCAUAAUUUUGCUGAGCUCUGGGUGGUGCCAGAUAGCAGAUGCCAGAUCCUCGGCCAGCAAAAGGGUAUUUUUGUGCUUACAGAAAGAAUGUCCAUUUCCUCUUCCCUUUUUGGAGGGAGUCCGUGUCCACUGAGGCACAAGGAGCCAGAGCCCCGGGCCAGCUCGGGCUGCUGCUGAGGGAGGGACCGUGGGUCGAACGUAGGCAGCGGCUGAAGGUCUGCGCCGGCGGACCUUGGUCUUCCUCCGCUCCAAAGCAGGGUACAGCUCCCUUGGCCUCUGACUCACCCUGCUGUAAGGACAUGGGGGUAGAGAAAAAGAGGGCUCUUUUCUCCUUUGCAACAGUCCUUUCCAGCCUGGGAAUGUUUCCAACAGAACAAUUGUAAAAGCAAACCAAGAAAUAAGGGAAAUUGCCUCAUAUAGAGUCACCUUUAAGGAAGAAAAAAGUAUUUCUGCGAUGCCUCGUCUGAUUCUUGUUUUCCAGCAGGAAGGAUGCGUCUUUGUUUCUUCAGCCCUUUCUGGGCCCAGGGUUACACGUUAUGCAACCAUUCCAUGUGUUUUCUUUGCCUCCCUCUGAAGGCUUGGGAGCACCCCACAGAGCACAGUGUUGUGCUGAGAGCAGUGAGUACUUGGUGUGUGGAGAAUAGGCCGGCUUUGUCCCAUCGCUUGCUGUAUUAUAUGGUGUCUAUAAUGUGUAUAUUUGGUUUAUAUGUAUGAAGAGUUUGUGAAACAGUAUUUGUAAAACUCUGUUGUACAUGAUGCUAUUACCGAGGCCUCUGUACUGAGCGUAUUACUGGUUUACAGCUGUGAUCCCUUCUCUCUCCUCAGUUUUUCUGGGUUUGGGUUGUCACCCGAAGCCAGAAUGACUGCGGUGAUCCUGAGUUUGGCCAAGCAUGACUUCCCUGAGCGCUCAAGGAGAGCUACUCCUUAACAGAGAGGUUCAGAGAACUGGGCCUGUCUUAUGGCCAGCCUGUGCUGCGGUGUCAACAGCUGGGAGUCUCUCCUGCAGAAAAACCUAUUUGCUCAACAGCAAUCCCCAGAGUUCCCAGGAAGGGGUUAACUGCAGCAGGCACCAGCCCGGCUCUGCGCACAGUGCGGAGCUGRAGGCAAGCUCUGGGGUGGGAUUUGCUGUGGGGGUGGAUUUGCUAUCAGAUGGCAGCCAGGCAUGAGUGGUGUUGGGAUUUGGACAGGCUCCAGUGCUGCUGUUUCCUUCCAAAUGCUGCUCAUUUCUUGCUCGGCCAGCGAGCCAUCUAUCAAGACAGAAGGUACCACGGGCGCUGGGGGUGUUGCUCAUAAACACGUUCUGCUUUUUAAGUGUGUGUGUUAGAGCAGUGCUGGAUACUUGCCAAGCUAAUGAAUGCCAAGGUAAUGAAUAACASUGCAAAACGUGCUGUAAAACUGUUCUGCACAGACCUCCGACAAGAGGGCUGUUCUCCUGAACCGCAGUUCUGCUUUAUGAAGCAAAGGCCAGUGUGAACUCCCCUGGGAUUCAAUGGCAACUGCAACAAACCUUCUUCUCCAAGGUGUCAGGAAAAACCCUUGUUUUCUUUGGUGACGGAGCUAUUAGAACAAACUACUGUUUUUUGCAAUUCACUUUGGGGGCUGAGUCUUGCCUAACAGAUCCUUUUAAACUGAGGAACAAAAGCAAACUGCCUUUCUAAUGACAGUUGCCCACCAGAGGAGCUUUACUAUUACAGGAUCACUAUAUAUGUCUUCCGUUUUGAAUCAAAUUAAGUAGAAUUCACUCUCUAGCUCUCUUUCACGUACAUCAACAAAAUUAAUAUAUUAUUUUUUAUUACAGACCAACCUGAACAUUAAGGGUGACCUGCUGAGCAAACAGGAACAAAUGUUUGAUUUUUCCUACCUUUUUAGGGCUAGGUUCUGAACGCCACCAGAUCUGGCAAGAAGUAUUUUCUGUCCUGAGCACUCGCUCUGGAGCAGUGGGGAACGCUCAGCAAAGGAAAUACUCGGUACAGGCGCUGCAGGAGACUGGCCUAGAGGCCAAGAAAGGCAAAGAAUCUUGCCCAGCUAGUUAUUCCCUUUUACUGUGACACGGAAGGCAUCUUUAUGGCCUCAUAGUUUUGGAGGACAUACUAGGGGAGGUGCUGAGAUUGUAAAGGGAGUUUCAGCUUGCCUUCUCCCCUCAGAAAGUAGGGUUGUGUGCGUUAUAGAGGGAACGUGGUAGAAACCUGGCAGCCUUGAGCUGGGCGAGGUGUCUCCCAGGAAGGUGCACAAGCACCGGGCCCAGCACUCAUAGAGGGGYGAGGGGUAGUCUGUUUUAUACAGACAUCCACUUACAGUCAGUUCCUUUUGGUCUGAAAAUCUCUGUGAACAAUCCCGGAGCAGUGGUUGAAAACAGGAGUGCAGAAGGAAAGCAGCAAUAGUUCUUGCUUGGGAUUUUUUUUUAGGAAAUGAAAAUGGGUGGAAAGUUAGACUCACCGUAGGACAUCCACAGACAUCAGGUCACCCAUUCUGGCUCAGAUGUGCAGUGGUCCAAGGCCUUGGGGUUUCUAGCUGAGCGAGAAGCAGGAAACAAGAGGCACCAGUGAAACUCACUUACAAUUAACUCGUGUUAAACUCAAAUCAUUUGGGGACUCUUUGGUCCUUUGGUCACCUCCCGAACAAGCCGAAUGUAUCAGAUUGCAACUCUCCUGGUUGUGAAGCUGCUCUUCUCAGUGCAGAGAUACCCCGUGGGGUGUCCUCUUUACCUGGUAUAUCAAGUACUUGGGAAGCUCUGCACAUCCCAACUUUAUACAGACUAAAGUGCAAUUGUGUACACUCRUUGCAUAGUUUGCCUUAGGACUGUGUGGAAUUUCUGUGGUUUCA